GGCAACAGCAACAGCACGCUCCUUUCCCCAUUCCUCCCUCUCUUUUCCUCAUAAUCCCACAGCCAUACCGGAGGGAGAUGAAGGCUACCCUGACCAGCUGAUGAGGACCGGCUGAAAGAGAGGAAAGUCUCAGCGUGAGCCCCCCUUCUUAUUUUGGGACGUUAAUCAACAAGGAGUGAACGGAGGCGCGUACACACGAGCGUGCCUGCGGGAGGGAGGGAGGGAGAAGGAGAGAGAGAAGAGGGGGAUGAGUGGUACGUUUGGUACAGCUGCUGAUGCCAAGGUCUGAGAGUGAGACAGACUGAGGGAGACCUGAGGCUCGGAGGGCUCGCACGUGCGGAGCGGCGUCAGAAACUUGCGGGCAACGAGAACAGGAAAACAGAUUCACAUACGCACACAGCUGGACAGAUGAGGAGGGAUCAGGGACCACGCUUCAGCCCUGGGUGUCUGGCGCACUCACCCUGCCUGUAACAGGCGAGGAGUCAGAGGACCAGGGCCAUGACUGGCUUUCCUGGCCAUGGUGGGCGUGCCUUAGUGCCAUGGCCGAAGCUGUGGCGAUGGGUCCUGGCGACUUCACUGGUUACCAUGAUAACCUUGACACUGCCAGGGAACAGCCACGCCUGUCCGCCACGGUGCGAGUGUUCAGCCCAGCUAAGGUCAGUGUCGUGCCAGCGACGGCGGCUCACCAACAUCCCAGAGGGCAUUCCUACAGAGACGCGGCUCCUAGACCUCAGCAAGAACCGGCUCCGCUGGGUGCAGGCGGGAGACCUGGCACCGUACCCACGACUGGAGGAAGUGGACUUCAGUGAGAACCUCAUCUCCACGUUAGAACCGAAUGCCUUCUCCACCCUCCAGAGUCUUAAAGUGCUGAAGUUAAGGGGGAACCAGUUGAAGUUGGUGCCCAUGGGAGCCUUUGCCAAGCUUGGCAAUCUUACCAGCCUAGACCUUAGUGAGAACAAGAUGGUGAUUUUAUUGGACUACACCUUCCAGGACCUGAAAAGUCUAAAACACUUGGAGGUCGGAGACAAUGACCUGGUUUAUAUAUCCCACAAGGCAUUCUCAGGUCUGCUGGGGUUGGAGGACCUCACAAUAGAGCGCUGCAACCUGACAUCCAUCUCUGGUCAGACGCUGUCCUACCUCCGCAGCCUGGUCACUCUUCGCCUUCGCCACCUCAGCAUCACUGCCCUGGAGGACCAGAACUUUCGCAAGCUGUCAAACUUGCGGGGUUUGGAUAUCGACCACUGGCCGUACUUGGAGUACAUUUCCCCUCUCAGUUUUCAGGGCCUGGACCUCCACUGGCUCUCCAUCACCAACACCAACAUCACUUCUGUCCCCUCGUCCUCCUUUAAGAACCUUGCCCACCUCACCCACCUUAACCUGUCCUACAACCCCAUCACCACAUUAGAGCCUUGGGCCUUCAAAGACUUGCUGAGGCUGAAGGAGCUCAUCAUGGUAAGCACAGGUUUGAUGACGGUGGAGCCCCAUGCCCUCGGAGGCCUCCGACAGAUCCGCGUGCUCAACUUCUCCUCAAACGACCUGCAGACACUGGAAGAGGGCUCCUUCCAUUCUGUCAACAGUCUGGAGACCCUCAGAGUGGACGGGAACCCCCUGAUGUGUGACUGCCGUCUGUUGUGGAUCCUGCAAAGACGCAAGACCCUCAACUUUGACGGCAGAGUGCCGGUGUGUGCGGGGCCGGUGGAGGUGCAAGGCGUAAGCCUCAGCUCCUUCACCGAUUCUGCACUCUUCGAUCACUUCACAUGCCAGAAGCCUAAGAUACGCAACCGAAAACUGCAGCAGAUGAUCGCUCGUGAAGGCCAACCGGUGAGUUUUCUGUGUCGAGCCGAAGGAGACCCUCCCCCUUCUAUUGUCUGGAUUUCCCCACAGCGCAGGCGCAUCACAACUAAGAGUUCAGGGCGCAUUAUAGUUCACCCAAGUGGCACCCUGGAGAUCCGCUACGCCCAGCUCACUGACAGUGGGACAUACAUCUGCAUAGCCAGUAACGCCGGAGGCAAUGACACCUACUUUGCCACACUCACGGUGCGUGGCCAACCGCUGGAUGCCGCCUCAGCCUUCUUUCUCAACCGCUCACUGUACAGCAGCGAGUUCUUCAACGACACAAAUCUAAACAGCACACGCGUUUUCCUCAAGUUCACCUUUGACCUGACCACCAUCUUGGUCUCCACGGCAAUGGGCUGCAUCACGUUCCUCGGGGUUGUCCUCUUCUGUUUCCUGCUGUUGUUCGUGUGGAGCCGGGGACGCGGACAACGCAGGAACAACUUCACAGUGGAGUACUCCUUCCGGAAAUCUGAACCCGUCACUGGAAGCUCUUCAGGAGGGACCAGGAAGUUUAACAUGAAAAUGAUAUGAAACAACGCAGCCAGGGGUCCCUCGGGGGAGGCAUGAGCACGUCCCAUAAACGUGUUUGACGCACGCAAACGCACACAGCCUCUGACUCGCAAAGAAGCUUGACAGCACAAGUCCCUGUCCGUGGCUCCACUCAUUCGAGCGCCCACAUCAAAACCGGAGCCACUUCUCAAUUUGGUCUGAUUUGUGACCCUGAUCUCUCAGCAGUUUUAUUCAGCUUGUGGUCAAAAUUUGCUUAAAUUAUACCUUAAGGAGUGCUAGCUACUUGUCAUUUAUGCUUAAUAGGCACAGAAGAAAGAAAAUAUAGGUGAUAAGAUGUAAAUUGGCACGAUCACUGGCCUGUGGAACAGUGAUAGUCCUGUUUCUCAUUUAUUUUAAUGAGAAAUGAUAAGGUUUCCUUUUUAAUUUCAAUUUCUCUCUUUUUUGUAGAGUCAGGGAUUUGAAAAGAAAUUCAGUACAGAGAGCUUCUGUCCAUUAAUCACUCUCUCUAAAGCCUGCCGUGCUGCUAAUCAUGCAUGUAGCUUUAAGCUGUAAGUUUGUACCACUCAUAAAAACACAUAGCUUUGAAAGACAGUUAAAUAUGUUUUUCUAUUUAUUCAGACCACCGCUGAGGAGUAAGGAUAACAAAGAGCAAAACGUUUUAUGAAUAUUAUCAUAUGGCCUUUGCUUUUAUGCACAAAAGCUGAAAAAUAAUAAGAAAAAAAAUCUGGCUUUUUCUUCUUUGUGAGCUUUGUGAGGUUUUACAACAUUAGCUGUGUGAGUUUGGGACGAGCGCACCGGCUGAGAGUUGCUGUAGCUGCCUGUGGCCCGGUGGGUUUGGUUUGAAAGUCGUGCCCACCGAUCACAGGCCACCACUGUAACCAUGCCAACCAACACAGGAGGGACCGGGAUGGUGGCCACAAGAGGGUUGCUGGGUAGAAGAGGCAGGUGACUUCUGCUCCCUCUGCCCUGCAUCCUGUUCGUGCUCUUCUUCAACAUGAGAGGGUCAACCUGCCUCCUGCCCCUCGUCCCUGCUGUGUUGGUGGACACCCAACCCUACCAGCGCUGCCAGGGGGGAGCAGCCUGGCGAGUUGGUUCAUACCUAGAGGCAGACAGAGGACACACGGGCCCACUAGGAGGUGUUCACAUUAACACACAUUAACACCCUCAUCCUACGAGUGGAAGGCGGCACACGUACAGCCCCUUUUCUCAGGAAAAGUGAAAUAACUAGCCUACAGAGUGAGAAUGGUUAUGCAUAUUUACUCUGAUAAACUGUAAAACAUUCCAGCAAUACUUUAUGUGGAGCCAUAAAGCUAAAAGUCCAUUCUCUGAGAGAGAAGUGAUGUGAAUUCGUGAGUGUAUAAGCUAAGCCAUAGUUGUGUAGGUUGUAUUUUUAUACAGUAGUGUGUGCAUGAUUCAGUUAUAUAAUUAUUGCCACUGCCAUCCUACAAGCUGUCGCAAUGAUCACAAGACCAUCUGCUGUCACCGGGCUUGCAUAAAGUUUCACCUCAUAACACGCACACACGCACGCACGUGCUCAGAGGAGAUAGAACCACAUUGAGGUGAUUUUUUCUGAUAGGAACAACACUCAGUGACACACGGACCAAUAAAAAUCCACAAAUCACAAAGUGCAGCACUCGCUGCUCUCUGUCUGUCUCUCAGAGGGCCGGUGUGCGAAUGUCUCUGCCCCCCUAGCCCAGUGCUUCCCCCCCUCCUCACCCACAUCCCCCACACACCCCCACUGGGUCCUCCUUUGGGAGGGGUCCCUGGCUGGAGACCGAGGAUUUAAAAUGUAAAUGAAGUCGUGUAACCCUACCCACGCCAUGUGCAUCGUAUAGUGGAGAGUAGUACUGUGGUUUUAAAAAUGGAAAAAAAGACUAAAAAGACAAAAAAA